AUGGCGGGGACGCGAACGAGCGCCGACGCGCGAAGAAUGGCGCUUGAGACGCGAGCGAGAAAAUUAUUGGACGACCGAGAGCGAGCGCGGAGGAGAUACGUGGAGGAGAUGGAGUACAAGAAGUGGAAAGAGUCCAACGAAGAAUGUCGCGCGCAGGCGCGCGCAGAGCUCUCGCGCGAGGUGGUUUUGGGACGGCAAAUGCAAAUCGAUGAGCGCAGGCGUUUGGCUGAGGAGGAAGGAAAACGAGCGAAACGAAUAAAUGCAGCGAUUUUGCGGCGACGGGCGGAGAAUUCUGCGCUCCUCGAUGCUCGAGAUGAAUCGUUGAGAGCUUCGCGAGACGCGCAUUCCCUCGCUCUGCGGGAACAAAUGGCCGAGCGUGAGAGAGAUCGUCACGAGCGUUUUGAGCGCCAGCGGGCCGAUCAAGCGCGUCUCAACGCGCAGUGGGAAACUGAAGCGACUACUUACGAGCGAAAUCAGAGCCAAGAGGCGCUUAGGCGGCGCGAUGCGAACGCCGCCUUGCUCAAGGAGAACGAGCUUCGACGGUUGGAGUUGCUGUCGGAGCUCAAGCGCGAGAGAGAGCGCGACGCGAAAAUCAUUGAAAGUGCGAUUGAAAAAGAGCGACUGUAUGAAGAAGAGCAAGCUCAGUUGGCUCAACGACGCAUGGAAGAAGAGAUUCUUUUCCGAAGUUUCCUGGACGAGCUCGUCGCGGAGCAGCAUGCGAAGAACGAAUCGGAUGAUUUGACGAUUGAAGAAGACCGUUUGCGACACGAACAAAAGGUGCGCGAGCGCGAAAAUCUCGAAAAUUACCAGCGUCAGCAAUUAAUACAAGAGGUUAACGCGGUGAGAGGUCAACAAAUCGCCGAAGCGGAGGCGAAGAGACGCGCGGAGGAUGCGGAGGAACGCGAAUGGCGAAAGCGCAACGAAGAAGACAUGGAACUCGCGAGGCGUCAGCUCGACGAAAAGCUCAGGAUCGCAAAGGAAGAGAACGUGAAGCAUCAAAAAGCACUUGAGGGACAAAUUCGCGCCAAAGAUCGCGCAGAACCGUAUUACGGGUCCACCGAGGAGAGAAAUGUCGAGCGGGAAGAGCGUUUCGCGCGCCGCUUCGAGGAAGAAGUGAAAACGACAAAAGUGUAUUCUUUCUAG